UGCAAAGACAAAAUUGCUGGAAGGAAAACCAGAGCCAGAUCAGCACUUCUCUUCUUUAUUUCCACGUUUCUUCUUUUGUCGCCCCUCCACGCCUCCCCUCCUUGCAUCCACCGCCCCGAGAUCUCCCUUGUCUGAUUGCCUCCCCCUCUCCGGCAAUGGCCUCCCCCGGACCAGUCCCCGCCGGCGAGCUCCUCCGCAUCGACCCCAUCGAGCUCCGCUUCCCCUUUGAGUUGAAGAAGCAGAUCUCGUGCUCGAUGCAGCUGUCGAAUCUCAGCGACGACUACAUCGCCUUCAAGGUGAAAACUACAAGCCCAAAGAAAUACUCUGUGCGGCCCAACACAGGGGUUGUCUUGCCGCGAUCUACAUGCGAUGUUGUUGUGACAAUGCAAGCACAGCGAGAAGUCCCACCUGACAUGCAGUGCAAAGAUAAGUUCCUAGUCCAGAGCGUCGUCGCACCCUCUGGCAUAAAUGUGAAGGAUGUUACGGGAGAGAUGUUUAUGAAGGAAUCUGGAAAUAAGAUUGAAGAGGUGAAAUUGCGAGUCACCUAUGUUGCACCUCCACAGCCACCAUCUCCAGUUCCUGAAGAAUCCGAGGAAGGCUCCCCAUCUAGGGUUGAAUCAGAAAAUGGAGAUGGUCCUGCUGGGGGAUUCACCAGGGCACUGCGAGAGCGCAUUGAUCCCCAAGAAAAAUCUUUAGAGGCUGGAGCUUUGAUCUCCAAGUUGACCGAAGAAAAGAAUUCUGCAAUUCAACAGAACCAUAAAAUUAGACAGGAACUAGAUAUGAUGAGACGGGAAGUCAGCAAGAGGCGCGGUGGAGGGUUUUCCUUUGUAAUUGUCGUAAUUGUAGCUUUGAUCGGGAUCUUCCUGGGCUACAUGAUGAAGUCAUGAUUCUUUUCUAUCAGUAUCACUUGACCGUAUCGAAGGGAACUGGACUUGCUAGUCAUGUUUGGGAACUUGAAAAGAUCAUUCGAGAUCAAAUGUCUUCAAGUUCUCCUUUAUGUUUUGUCAAUAUAGGAGUACAUGUGUGAGAAAUGUUGAGCUAGUUUAAGCUUCUUUUGUUGUUAAUUUCAUUGGUGAGUUUUGCGCUAUGAUGACACUGUAACUUGGAAAAAUGCAUCAAUUGCUUUUGUUCACUGUUAA